UUUUGCAGCUUGCAGCGGCGUGUUUUGCCUUUGCUUUCGGUACAGGGGCACGAGAAGGAGCCGUUGGUUUUGGGGUGUAGUUUCAAGGGUGAUGUCAAGGACCGAGAAACCCCUCUUUAGAAUCGCGAGAGUCAAAUAGCAGCUGUCCAAUCAUAAGCAAGUAGAGGCGAGUGAGUAGCCAAUGGGAAAGUGAAAGAUCUGACAGCUGUCCAAUCAUUCGUGAGCAGAGGCGGGGUGUUAAUAUACCGGAUACACGCUGUACACAAGAACUAAACUGGGUUAUAUGUUCUAUAAGAGGCAGGUGAGGAAAGCUCGGGAACGCUUUCCUUCAGGCCACUCUACGGUUCAGCCAACGACUAUAAAUAAUGUGAAAAUUGUACCGAUUCCCGUAUUGACGGAUAACUACAGUUACCUGAUUAUUGACACAACAUCAAAUGCUGCUGCAGUUGUGGAUCCUGCUGAUCCAGAAAUGGUCCAGGCAUGCCUGGAGCAGGAAGGGGUGACACUGGAAGCAAUCCUAUGCACUCACAAACACUGGGACCACAGUGGAGGUAAUAAAGGCCUAAAGAGGCUGCACAGCUCCUGUCGAGUUUACGGAAAUGCCAUGGAUAACAUCCCAGGCCUCACUAAUCCUCUCUCAGACAAAGAUUCAAUAGAAAUUGGCAGGCUGCGUUUUCAGGCCUUCUUCACUCCUGGGCACACAGUUGGUCACAUGGUUUAUCUUCUUGAUGGGAAGUCCAUUGACGGUCCUUCUAGUCUGUUUUCAGGAGACCUGGUAUUCCUUUCUGGCUGUGGGCGAAUGUUUGAGGGGAAUGCUACAACAAUGUUGGCAUCGCUGGAUGCUGUUGCUGCUCUGGCAGAUGAAACCCUUCUGUGGCCAGGUCACGAAUAUGCAGAAGAUAACUUGAUGUUUGCUGCUGAGGUUGAGCCCAACAACACAGCUCAGAAAAACAAGUUCCAGCAGGUUUUACAGCAGAGAGAGGGGAAUAUGUGCACUUGCCCAUCAACUAUCCGAGAGGAAAAGGAAUACAAUCCAUUCCUGCGCAGCCACUCUACUGAGCUUCAUCAAGCUCUGGGGCUGCAGCAGGAGAUUGAGGAGGACUGGAUCAAGUUCAGAGCUCGAGUUCUUGAGGAGGUGCGCAGACGCAAGGACGCUUUCAAAGGAAGAUAGUGCUCACCUGCUGUGGCAAAAAUGAAGAAAGAAAGUCUUUCGGCAGGAUUUGUUAAGGUUGUUUUGCGGUCCAGUUCUAAUCACUAUGUUCAAAUGGACACUGUGGAAAGCAGAUAUUAUUUGGAGUCAACUGAGCCAAGGAUGAUAUUGUUAAUAUAAAAAAAAAAAAAUAAUAAGUUACAAGUGUUCAUCUCUGCUGGUCUAUUUUUUGAAAAGUUGAUCAAAUUGACCAUUCUUUUUACUGUGAAAUAUCCAACACAAUGCAACUUAAUAGGCUGUGUUGCAGGCAUGUUGUGGGAUGAAGCUUGGCAUCAAGCAAUAAAGAACAUUGUGUAUUUUUUCCUUGAAUAUAAAACUGUUUUGUUGGAUACUCGUGAUACAGUUUUGUAGCAAAUGGUGAAUGAUUGUGGUGCUGACGUGCAGCACAGUGUUACAUGUUUAUAAAAAUAAAGAGCAAAUCAAACUUCAAAGAUAGAAUAACUUCACUAACAUGGAACUGUAAGUACAAGUUUAUCAAAAACAAAUGCUCUGAAUCCCUAAGACUUUGUAUUUUGACAGAUUUACUGUAUUGUAGAUUUACAGAUUUAAAAAAAAAAAAGUUUGAUUUGACGGUUUUGUUUUGUUUUACUUUAUGAAUAUCUAAAAAAUAUAUAAAUUGCUUGAAUAUCAAGGGUUAUUAAUAUUACAAAACAAAGCUGCUAAACUGUAGCCUUGGGUAACACUAGCUUUGAUACUGCAAUGCACUUGGAAAUUACUAUUGUUGCUGCGUUACCUGACUUGCUGUUGCACCAAGUACUCAGGUUUUUGAUUUAUGCCAAAUUAAAUCUUCAAAUAAAAUUGAGGUGUUGGCUUUAAACCCUAGAGUGAAAUACAUAUUCAGGACUUUAAUAAAGUUAUGUUAAAA